AAAGGAUGUAUAGUCUAGGCUAACACCAGCCAGUCAUUUGGGCCGAGGGUUUGAGCUAACGGGGUGAGUCAUUCCGGUCCACCUCGGCCUGGAGCUGCGCCCAGCCGACCAGCCUGGGUCAUCCCAGCGGGGCGGGCGGAGGCGGAGACGGAGGCUGAGCGGCUCGGAAGCCCAUACGCUCGGCCGUGUCGCGCGGAGCCGGCGGCCAUGGCUGGAAGCGAGCCCCGCGGAGCCGGCUCAUCGCCGCCCGCCAGCGACUGGGGCCGCCUGGAGGCCGCCAUCCUGAGCGGCUGGAGGACCUUCUGGCAUUCGGUGGACAAGGAGCGGGCGACGCCGACAGCCUCCCGGAAGGAGGCAGCAGAGGAGACGAGCGCGCUGACGCGGCUGCCGAUUGAUGUACAGCUGUAUAUUUUGUCAUUUCUUUCACCCCACGAUCUGUGCCAGUUGGGGAGUACAGAUCAUUACUGGAACAAAACUGUAAGAGACCCAAUUCUCUGGAGAUACUUCCUGUUUCGGGACCUCCCUUCUUGGUCUUCUGUUGAUUGGAAGUCACUUCCAGAUCUAGAGAUCUUAAAAAAGCCCAUAUCUGAAGUCACCGACAGCACAUGUUUUGAUUACAUGGAGGUUUAUAAAAUGUGCUGUCCAUACACAAGAAGAGCCUUGAAAGCCAGCCGUCCUAUGUACGGAGCGGUUUCCUCUUUCUUGCACUCACUGAUCACUCAGAAUGAACCCCGGUUUGCUAUGUUUGGACCAGGUUUGGAAGAACUGAACACAUCCUUGGUGUUGAGUUUGAUGUCUUCUGAGGACCUCUGCCCAACUGCUGGUUUACCUCACAGACAGAUUGAUGGUAUUGGAUCUGGAGUCAAUUUCCAGUUGAGCAAUCAACAUAAAUUCAACAUCCUGAUAUUGUAUUCCACUACCAGAAAGGAAAGAGACCGAGCAAGGGAGGAGCACACGAGUACCGUUAACAAAAUGUUCAGCCUCCAGAGGGAGGGAGACGAGCAACAGGGGAGCCGCUACAGCGUGAUCCCACAGAUUCGGAAAGUGUGUGAAGUCGUCGACGGGUUCAUCUACGUGGCCAACGCUGAAGCUCAUCGACGUCACGAAUGGCAAGAUGAAUUUUCUCGUAUUAUGGCCAUGACAGAUCCAGCUUUUGGAUCUUCAGAAAGACCCAUGCUGGUUUUAUCUUGUAUUUCUCAAGCAGAUGUAAAAAGAAUGCCUUGUUUUUAUUUAGCUCAUGAGCUGAGCCUCAGUCGUCUACACCACCCAUGGAUGGUCCAGGAUACAGAGGCUGAAACUCUGUCUGGUUUUUUGAAUGGCAUUGAGUGGAUUCUUGAAGAAGUAGAAUCUAAGCGUGCAAAAUGAAGUUCCUUUGGGACCAUGGGAAGCCACAGGUCAUGGUGUGUGUCUUUCCUGUCCCUUCUGUUCCUGCUUCUCUGGAGGAGGGCUUUAUACUGGACAGCUACUACAGCUGGGCUUCUGACACUUUACCAUGAAUCAAUUGCAAGUUUCAACCCUACUGCUUUUCCACAAAAUGAACUCUCACAUUUUUGAUAAUUUUAUAGUUUCUGUCUUUUUUGAAAAUAUUAAAUUCUGCAAAACAAAA